AAAAAAAUUUUUUAAAAGAGAAAAAAUGAAUAGUUUAUAUUCUCUUUUAAUUAUUCUUUCAUUAUUGGUUUAUUCUAAUAAUGCUGGUGGAGCAACAAAAGGUGGAGGUAAAGCAACUAGUCCUCCAAAAGGAGGUGGAAAGCCACAGCCGCCAGCCUCUUCUGGAAAUAAUAAUGCUUCUAUUAAAGAUUAUGCUGCUUUACAAUUGGAUACUUGGAGAAGUCAAAAUAAUCCAGUCAAUGUAUUGACAGCAUCAAACGGAAUGCCUGUCCCUUCAUUAACAGAUUCAUUAACUGUCGGACCCCGAGGCCCCACACUUUUACAAGACUUUGUACUUCUCGAUAAUCUUUUCACCUUUGACCGUGAACGCAUUCCUGAAAGAGUUGUGCACGCUGUUGGUGCUGCAGCUUUUGGAGAAUUUGUUGUUACAAAUGAUGUUACAAAAUAUACAAAAAUGGAUAUGUUAAAAAAAAUUAAUCAAACUACUCCUGUUUUUGUUCGUUUCUCUACUGUUGGAGGCCGAGCUGGAAGCGCUGAUACAGCAAGAGAUCCUCGCGGUUUUGCAGUAAAAUUUUAUACUGAAGUUGGAAAUUGGGAUCUUGUUGGAAAUAAUUUGCCAGUUUUCUUCAUUAACGACGCUAUAAAAUUCCCAGCUUUUGUUCACUCCCAAAAAUUAAAUCCAGUAACAAACUUGGGUGACCCAACAAUGACUUGGGACUUUUUAUCUUUGAAUCAGGAAUCAAUGAAUAUGGUUAUGAGAGUUUUUUCUGACUUGGGGACGCCUGAUGGUUUUCGUAAAAUGGAUGGAUUUGGUGUGCAUACUUUUGUUUUGGUAAAUGCAAGGGAUGAAAAAGUUUAUUGCAAAUUCCACUGGAUAAGUCAACAAGGACAUGCUAAUUUGACAGCCGAACAAGCAACACUUUUGGCUGGUACUAACCCAGGUUAUUCUACUGGUGAUUUAUACAAUGCUAUUGCACGUGGAGAUUUUCCAAAAUGGAAUUUAAAAAUACAGGUGAUGACUGAGCAACAAGCUGCCAAACUUCCAUUUAACGCAUUUGACCCAACCAAAACUUGGUCUCAAAAAGAGUUUCCUUUAAUUGAUGUUGGUACAAUGACACUCAAUAGAAACCCAGAAAACUAUUUCCGGGAUGUUGAACAGGCCGCUUUUGACCCUGCACGAAUGGUUGAAGGAGUACUUCCUUCCACUGACAAGUUGCUUCAAGGCAAGUUUUUUUGCCGUCUCUUCUCCUACCAAGACACACAAUUUUAUCGUUUGGGAGCUAAUCACAUGUUGCUACCGGUCAACUGCCCCUACAAAUUUAGAUAUGCUAAUGUUCAAAGAGAUGGGGCAGCACGUUUUGAUAAAAAUGGGGGAGGUUCUCCAAAUUAUUUCCCCAACAGUUUUGGUGGGUAUAGAAUUGCUGGUGUUCAGAGUACUUGGAAUGUUGAAAAUGCAACUGUUGGACGUUACAAACAAGCCGAAGACUAUUUUGUUCAACCAGCUGAGUAUUGGAAUGAAUUGAGCCCUGUAGACCGUCAACAUUUAGCUGAAAACAUUGCUGGUUCAUUAGGAAAUGCUUUACAAGAAGUUCAAGAUAGAAUGAUCCCAUUGUUUACAAAGGUUAAUCCAGCCUUUGGGUCAAUGGUGAAAACUGAGAUUGCCAAACGAAAAGGGAAAACCAAACAAACACAACCACCACCAUGUAAAGGAAAUUGA